UAACUGUACUGUAGUAGUUGUCAGUUACAUUUGUCCUACUUAGCUUUAAUCUCUUGAUAUUAUGAAUGUUAUAUUAUAGAUUUUUCGCCGAUAUCAAUAAUAAAUAACCUUAAACGCCUUUAAAAUGUCGACAAAGACUGAUCUGCAGGACGGUGAUGGCAAAGUCAGCAGGGUGAUCCGUGUUGGCACCAGGAAAAGCCAGCUGGCCCGCAUUCAGACAGACAGUGUUGUAGAGAAACUCAAGGAGUUACACCCUGAUGUGCAAUUUGAAAUAGUGGCUAUGUCAACAACAGGUGAUAAAAUACUUGACACAGCUUUGUCCAAAAUUGGCGAAAAGAGUCUCUUCACAAAGGAACUGGAGAAUGCUUUGGAAAAAAAUGAGGUAGACCUGGUCGUGCACUCUUUGAAAGACUUGCCUACUGCUCUUCCUGUGGGUUUCACUAUAGGAGCUGUCCUGAAACGUGAAAACCCUUAUGAUGCUGUUGUCUUGCACCCCAAAAAUAAAGGCAAAUGUCUAGACUCCCUACCCAACAAAAGUGUAAUAGGUACCAGUUCUCUUCGCCGGGCUGCACAGCUGAAGAAAAGAUUUCCCCAUCUGGAGUUUAAAGACAUUAGAGGUAAUCUCAACACUCGUCUGAAGAAACUGGAUGAACAUAAUGACUUUUCUGCCAUCGUCUUGGCAGCAGCUGGUCUUCGUAGGAUGGGCUGGGAGAACCGCAUUAGCCAGGUUCUUAAACCUGAGGAUUGCAUGUAUGCUGUUGGACAGGGUGCUUUGGCCAUUGAGGUGCGAGCCCGAGACCAGGACAUCUUGGAGAUGGUGUCGGUACUAAAUGACCCUGACACUGUCCUGAGGUGCAUCGCAGAGAGAGCAUUCCUUAAACAUCUGGAGGGGGGCUGUAGCGUUCCAGUUGCUGUUUACACAGAAAUUAAGAAUUCACAGCUUUAUCUGACUGGAGCAGUGUAUAGUCUUGAUGGCUCGGAUAGUCUAAAAGAGACCAUGCAGACAAGCAUCAAUUCAAAUCAGAUUGAGGAGCAAGAGAAAGUUGACGAGAAGGUCCAGCGUGUGGGCAUCACCGCCUUAAAGGUGUCAGGAGAAGAUCAGGAUGCUUCAGUCAAGUUAGGAGUGGACCUUGGAGUUCUGCUGCUCAGCAAGGGAGCCAAAGAGAUACUGACUGUAGCCAGGCAGCUUAAUGAUGCCCGAUAAGUAUAUAAUGUCAUUUAGCUGAAAAGAUAAAUCACCUCAAUCUACAUAUUCUUUUCUUCUCACAAGAUUAUGUAUCCGCCAGUCAAAAGCUCCUCAGUAUUUUCUUACAUUAUGUGUCUCUGACAUAAUAUAUGGAUGUCCUUAAUAUAUUUUUAUUUGCAGUAAACCAUCAUUGCAGUUAAUUAAAUCUGAAUGUUGAGAAGGCAGCUGUACCUUGCACUUAGUGUUGCACAGGUGGUUUGUUGUAGUUACUACUGAAACAAAGACUUGCAUUAUAAUAAUUGCAGAAAAAUAACUUGGUUAUUGUUCAUAUUGCAGCAAUUCACCUUUUAUAUAAACAACUCUUUUAAACUUGCAUCAAGCUAAACCAACAGAAGACCAGCUGGGAAACCAUCUUAAACCAGCUAAGCCAUUUUUCAACAAAGAGAUUAAACCAUGAACCCACAAUCAUGCCUUUUAAGAUGGUGUGUGUUAAUCUAAGCACAUGCUCGAAUGAAACUUGAAUUUAGUGGGAUAUAAAUCUUAUAAGCUGCUUGAAGUGUCAUCUACAUUUUUACUUUGUGUGAUGCUUUUACUGACUGGUUAUAUGCACAUGUGAAAGUAUACAGCCUAAUAAUCUUUAUUCCACUACAAACAUUUUGUAUGAUAGGGCUGGGUUGACCAAAAUUCAUGCCUUGGUAAUUUUGGGAUUAAUAGCAAUAUAGGAUAAAUAUCUCUGUAUUUUU